UUAAGAAAAAAUUGUCACAAAAAAGGAAAGAGAAAAAGAAAAUAGAAAAAAAAUAGAGUGAGUUUCAUCAUCAACUGAUUUAAAAUGUUUCUGAAAUUGUGAAGAAUGUUGAUGACAGGAACAUGAAAGAAUCGCAGCUGUGUUUUGUAUAAAUUGUUGGAAGGAACAAAGGACCACAGAUCUACUACAGAGCUGCUAAUUUUCUCUCUCUCCGGAUUGAUUCAUUUUCUUGCUUAACUUCACGCCAAACAGAGUCUUCCGACUUUGAAUUGAUGUCAAUCGUUCUUCACGUAUAUACUCACUUGUAGGCGGAUUUCAUGGCUUCUGCUUGUGAAAUUUACUUUAAGUAUGGUGGUCGUGGUUUGAUGGACGCAUUUGGCGCCUUGAUUUAGGUGUUUUCGUUGAUUUUUUUUUUCCGUUCCGUGUUUGGCGAUUCAAGCUAGAGAACGAUUAACGUUGUAUUUAUUUCUCUGAAACAUUUUUUCUCCGUGUUUUCUCUCUGAUUUGAAUCUGGUGAAGUGGAUUCGGAUUAAUUUAUUCUCAGUUGAACGGAAGGAAAGAAGAGGAGGAGGAGGAGGAAUUGGAACUUCGAUUUGAAAAUGAAGAACUCCGUGUCGGACCGUAGUUUUUACAUCGAAAGUUCUGACGACGAAGAUUUUGAAAAGGAAAUCGACGACGGAAACGAAUCGGAGUCUUCCGGUUCAUCAGUGGAUAACCGUAACAUUAAUCAACCAAGUUCUUACAAUGCCGCUGCUUGGCCUCAAAGUUACAGGCAAUCUAUUGAUAUGCUGGGGAGUUUACAUUCACCAAGUAUUGGGCUGCUAGGAACGCCAUCAUUGGCCAGAUUUGGAAGCUCGUUUCUUUCCUCCUCAUUAACGAGGAGAUUCACUCCUGAAGCGUUCUCUUCAUCCAUAUCAAAGCCACUGCUACCCACAGUAAUUGACGAGCAGCAAAAGUAUGCCCCUUAUUCUCCUUUGGGUCCUCAGCUUCCUUCUAGGCGCUCUUCCAUAUCCGUCAGGAGGGAUGACAAAGACAAGCCCGUCGUUGACUCUCAUGGCCUUCCCAUUUCCCGCCAUUGUUCUUUUGGCCAAGCUGUUGUUAAUGGUAUCAAUGUGCUGUGUGGGGUGGGAAUACUUUCGACCCCAUAUGCUAUGCAACAAGGAGGAUGGUUGGGGCUUUCCAUUUUAUUGAUAUUUGCUGUGCUUUCUUUCUACACUGGAAUCCUCCUACGUGCUUGUUUGGAUAGCAAACCUGGGCUUGAAACUUACCCUGACAUUGGACAAGCUGCUUUUGGUGCCAUCGGCCGUGUCGCCAUCUCGAUAGUAUUGUACGUGGAAUUAUACGCUUCUUGUAUCGAGUACGUAAUUCUGGAGAGCGACAAUUUGUCUACAUUGUUUCCCCGUGCGCACAUAAGUUUUGGUGGAUUUGAAUUAAGUGCACACCUUUUAUUCGCUAUAGCGACUGCCCUGGCUGUUCUUCCAACCGUUUGGCUUCGGGAUCUCAGUAUUCUAAGUUACAUCUCUGCUGGUGGAGUCAUUGCAUCAAUCGUGGUGGUUAUAUGCUUGUUUUGGGUUGGGUUGGUAGAUGAUGUCGGUUUCCAUGGCACAGUGACUCCACUGAAGCUCUCAACCCUCCCAGUUGCUCUGGGUCUGUACGGUUUCUGCUACUCAGGACAUGCUGUAUUUCCCAACAUCUAUAGCUCAAUGGGUAAACAAAGCCAAUUUCCAGCAGUCCUUUUGACAUGUUUUGGUAUUUGCACUUUGAUGUAUGCUGGAGUUGCUAUUAUUGGAUACUUAAUGUUUGGAGAAUCGACAUUAUCCCAGUACACUCUUAACCUGCCCCAGGAUUUGGUUGCCUCAAAGAUUGCUGUGUGGACUACGGUAGUAAACCCCUUCACAAAGUAUGCGUUAACGAUAUCUCCCGUUGCAAUGAGUCUGGAGGAGUUCAUACCACCAAACCAUCCCAAGACUCACAUUUAUUCCAUCCUAAUUAGAACUGCUCUUGUAAUUUCUACCCUACUGGUCGGUCUUUCUAUCCCCUUUUUUGGUCUUAUGAUGUCAUUGAUCGGAUCCUUGCUAACAAUGCUUGUGACUUUAAUACUCCCUUGUGCCUGUUACCUCAGCAUUUUGAGGGGGAAAGUAACGUUUUUACAGAUAACACUUUGUUGCAUAGUUAUAGCAGUAGGAGUUAUUGCAUCUGCAUUUGGAUCAUAUUCAUCUCUCAAGAAAAUCAUUGAGAAAUUAAGCGCCUGAAGUUUUUGCCUUCCCAAACACCAAGAGUCACUGGUUAUGCAGCAUAGAUUCUGGUAGAUUUUGUUUUCCUUUUUAGAUUGUAUAUUGAAUUAUAGAGGAACUCUAGAUAUUAUGUUCCCCCCAUUAAACGUUGGUGUCUUGUUCAUUGAUGCCUGUUUUUCCCCUUGUGUUGUCAGUAUCUUUGUUUAUUUUAAAAAAUUAUUCCAUGUUCAUUAGAAAUUUAGAGAUCAACCAAAUCCAUUUUGUUACAGUAAUGAAAUUAUAUUACUAGA